CACCUACCAGGAACAUACAACGGUUNNGGCAACCAAAGUUCCAAGCAUAAAGUUGUGUGGAAGAUGAUGGAGAAGCAUGAGGUGGAAGCUUUUCAUGGAGAUGUUAAGGAUAUAAAGGAUACGAACAUGGGCAGACACGGUAUAAACAUAGGAGACACUCGAGUCAUCUUAUACCGUUCACUUAUUACUGGGGAAGAAAUAUAUAUGUGGUCGUAAUGGUGAGAUUACAUUGGAGAAGCAAUGGUCAAAUACUAUGCAGACAUUUGCAUUGCAGACUGUAUUAAAGGACAUCACAGUAAAAGAACAAACCAUGAAAUCGGUCACCACGGUUGCUGAGAUGUUUCCACAAGAUGCCCAAGUAUUCAACCUUGGUGUUCCGCAUUAUGGUUGUAUGGGAAAGGUUUGCAGCACACAUGGGGGGAAUGCUACUGUAUUGUUCAAGAUACCUCCCGAGCCAAACCUUACAAAGAUAUUCAAGAAAAUGCAUACAAUGUCAAGCUACCAUCCAGGUUGGAAGAUCGCUUCAAAUGUUGGGAUCACUGGUUACCUGUUGUCCAGGAUCACGGGGUCUAUUUAUAUUUACUAUCCUGAAACUCGCAAAUGGAGCAUUGGUCUGAACUUAAAGUUCACCAAGGAGAAAUCAGGGAUUGCUGGUUUUACUAAAAGGAAGGACAACGAAUGGUUGUAUUCAGAUGCUGUGACUAAGUUGUUGCUGGCGUAUAAACAAAGGUUUCCCCGUGUGUUACAAUAUCUUGAGGAAAGUUUGAUGAAAACAUCAGAAGAUUCGUUGGAUCUUGAAGCUAUGAUGGGGAGUGAGGGAAUAAUUGAGAAAUUGCAAGAACUUUCCAAAUGGUUAAAGUCGUUACCCUCAUAUGGUGGAACUAAGGUUCAUGAAAGUUCGAACACAAUAGAACCCAUUGUUGUGUCAGCAAUCGAUGAGGAAAUACAAUUGUUUAAGAACAAAACCAAGGACAAAACAACAGAGGUAAAACUGAGCGUUCUCUCGCAUUACUUAUACCGACCGCUGGUACAACAAGGUACACUAACCCCUGAUAAACAAGCGAAACACCAUGAACUUGACAGGGUGGUAAACGUGCGCGAGGGGCACACCGUCCCCCUUGGUCUACGCGGCACCAUAAUAGGUAUUCAUACACGUGGUAGUAGUGAACAAGGGGUGGUGUUUGAUGUCAUGUUCGAUGAUGAGUUUAUGGGGGGGCUUACGCUGGGUGGUAGAUGCCCACCCCGGCGAGGAUACAGCUUACCCAUCUACUCUGUUAUAAACCUCACACAUGGGGAACGAACGAUGAACAAAAACAAUCGGCCCGUAGCGGUCGUUCACCCUCACCACCAGGGUGCAGCAAACCAACACACACUUAAACACGGGCAACGAUUGGUGCGUUCGCCACAAUCUGCAUUCACACCAGCUAAAAAGGGGAACCACCCACCUACUGCUGUCACACUUCUUCAGAGAGGGAAACCCCCUAACCAAAGAAGCAACCAUAAGAAACCCCCCAACACUGAGCAAGCCUCUGUCUCCCCCAGUGGUCAUAGAGGGCAGAAGAAAACGCAGAAACCUGGGAUUCCCCUGAAUAAGGAAAAGCAAGCACUAGAAACCUCGUUAACUGAGGCUGCACAAACUCUUCCAAAGAUUAAAAUGGACAAGCCAGAAAUAAAGAAAACCAAUCAGAACACACCAACCAAUCGAAAUGCAGAAGAAUUCAAACCAACCAAUCAAAAUGCAGAAGAAUUCAAACCAACCAAUCAAAACGGAGAAGAAUUCAAACCAACCAAUGAGAUGACAGAUAUAUUAUCAACAUUAACAAUCAAUGAUCCAGUUGAAAACAUUAAUAAUAACAAUGGAACUCAUCCAAAACAACAGAUAUUACCAACAGAGCAAAGCCAAGCUACUGUUACUCCAGAACCAUCUGCGCACUUCAACCAACUCCUUGCAACCCUCGGAACCACCAAGCCCCCCCACCAUAAAGAAACUUCUAACCCAGCCCAUAAAAUACCCCCACACCCGUAUAACCACCAACCAAACCCCCUAAGUCCACCCCACCAACCCCAAUUAAGGCUCCACUUACCCCCUAACUAUUACCACGGACCCCCUAAGCCAUUUUCACUGCAAGAGUUCUUAGCGAACCCCCCAAAUUACCCCCCACCCCCCUUUCACCCCAAUAACCCCACCCUCCUGGGGCCUGAGAGCUUCCAACCCCAUCCUUACCCCCCCAACCCCACGAGGAACCCAGUUGAUUUUGCAAAGGAAGGAACAGACAAGUUAUGUGAGAUCCUAAACAUUAGAGAUAAUGAAGAAAAACUUACCACUGACACCAAGUGCCAAGAUAAAUGGUCAACGGGUCCAAAAGAAAAUGAUUCUUUAAAAAAAGAGAAAAAAGAAAAAAGCACUUUCCAAGAUAAAACGGAGUCAUGUGACCGGGGGUCAGAUUGCGAUGAAACGGACGAAAGGUCGACGUCGGUAGAAGCUGCAAGUACGCAAACGAAAGAGAAAUCGAAAGUUGGUGAAUUAUUACAAUGGUGUUACCAACAUCAUGUGUUUCCACCUGUUUAUACUUUCUGUAAAACCAACGAGACAGACAAUAUAUCCACUGUUGAAUUAUGGAAUGGAUUGAAGUUCCAAAGUUUGCCCAAGUUAACGUUGGAACUUGCUAACGAGGAAUGCGCACGUGCCGCUCUGACUUAUGUGGUGGGCAUGCAUAGUGAGCCACACCCCCGAUACUCUGCCCCGCCCCCAUCUGCACCCUCCUAUCUACUACAAGAUGCUUCCAUGCCUCAGUAUGCAGCUGUUCAACCCCUACCCCCUAUGAUGUCACCGAUGAUGUCAUCAAACCAUAUGAUGUCAUCAAUAAUGCCACCAGCACCUUACUACCAACCUUCCAUGGUGAACCCAUACUUAGCUGUUGGUCCCGAUGGGUUAUUAUACCCUAGGUACUUCCCCGCUUCUCAGUAUGGGUAUUCCCCUGUACCCCACACGGGAGGGGUAAUCCCCAGGUAUACCCCAGCGUUUAAGGCAGUUCACCCAAUUGUUCAUGGUAACAAGGGAUUGUUACAUCAUAAUCAACCUGGACAAUCAACCUCAGUUCCACAACAGUUCAUUCCACCACAAGUUGAGCACCACAGCCCACCUCGUGCGUCUCGUUCACCAAAUUAUUAUUUAUCUGACUCUCCGGUGGCCUCUAGUGUUGAGAAGGUAAACAAAACAGAGAAAAAAGAGCAAAAGCCGAGGAAAUCCAAGCCAACUUUGGCCAUCUCAUUCGCCCCAACCAAGCCAACUUAGUUUUAAUGAUUUUAACUUUAUUUUAAUCUUUGUAUAUUAGUAACAACACAGAUGCUGUAGUAUUAGGAAAUGUAGCCUUAUUUUAACCAAGACAAGUUUUAUUCGGUGGUGUGAAAAUAAACAAGAGAUUCAUUUUAA